UUCUCAGCCCACCGCUGGACUGACUGAAGUGAUCUUUACGCACGGGGUUUAAGUGGAGUAGGUCAGAGGGAGGACAUUUCUUCAGGGUAGAGGAGUGACAGUAGAGCUCGGUGCGCUCUCAAGUUUAUAUUUUGAGUUAAAGUUUACAUUUCGUGUGUAAGAUAUUAGCAAGAACAGGAGUUGUGUCAAAUCACUCCAAACGCCAGCUGUUAAUUGGAGACGUCGCAGGGCAGAAUGACCACCGCCAUGGAGAAAUCUAGAAACUUUCGCAUCGACGCGCUCCUGGCGCACGACGUGGAGCAGAGGGCGGACAGCGACGGUGCGUCCCCGGGUGUCUAUCACAGCAGGAGCCCCGGUGGAAGUCCGGUGUCCAACCGCGGCUCGGAGACUCCCUCCCCUCAUCCAACCGUGCCAACACACCCCUCUCCAGCUCAGCCGGACGUCCUGUCCAAAUCCCAGCUCUUCAACUUGUCGCAGUCGGGAUUCACAGCUCUGCACCAGGGGGGGCUCCUCGGAAUGCACCCGGGCUCCAUGUAUCCUCUGGCGGCGCUCGGAGGCCAGCAGCACGCCUUCAUGUACCCGGGCUUCACGCAGCUGGUUCACGCGUACCCGGAGCAGCUGAAGGGGGCCGGAGUGGCCGCGACGCUCCCGCUGGAGCACUGGAUCAGAGCCGGCAUGAUGAUACCCAGAAUGGGGGAGUACGGAGCCCAGGCCCAGGUGGGUUUGUUGGGGAAGUGUCGGAGGCCCAGGACGGCCUUCACCAGCCAGCAGCUGCUGGAGUUAGAAAACCAGUUCAAGCUCAACAAAUACCUGUCCAGGCCCAAACGCUUCGAGGUGGCCACUUCACUCAUGCUGACCGAGACUCAGGUUAAGAUCUGGUUCCAGAACAGGCGUAUGAAGUGGAAGAGAAGCCGCAAAGCCAAGGAACAAGCAGCCCCAUCCUCCCCGCUGACUGACACAGAGAGAACCGGGACCGACACGCACCACAGUGCCAAGCCUCAGAGCGAUUCACACAGCUCGAGCCUAGAGGAUGAAGAGGAGAUAGAUGGGGAGGACGAGGACGAGAAAGAGGAGAUAGAGGUGCUGAGGGCGGGUGCUCUAGGCUCCGUGGGCUUCAUGCGGCACGCCGGAGGAGGAACAGGAAACUACAGCCGUUACUCGGAGGAGGAGCUGGAGGAGGGAGGGCCGAGAACAAGAUGUGGGGUUUUCCCAUAGUUAUAAAGUUCAGCAUGCUUUUUAUUGUACUUCUUUUAUGUUUAUUGCUCCUGAGAAGACAAUACACAAUGCGAUCAGGUGCAUGAACAUGGUGGCAUGAAGAGGAUCUUUCAUUUUUCACAGCCCAGCUCGUAGCACCGUAUCUGUCUCUGGAGCUCACAAAUGAGCCAAAAAGGGUAUAUCGACAUCUGCACACUAUAUGAAGAUACGACAUUUAAUGGUCAGUUAUACAUCUGAGUUAUGGAUUCUUAAAUGGGCAUAUGCAUGAUUUACUUGUGACUGAAACGGUACAAACAGAUUGAAAGCCGGUGCUUCUGUCCCAUCAUCUCCAUUAAACUUAAUUUAUUUUUGAAUAUACUUGUACAGGGGUAAUAGCACUUUGAUGGAAGGUACGGGAUGAAGAGACAGGAAAAUGUACUUUGAGAGUCGUGUUGUAAAGUGUCACAGUUACAUUUGUAAUCAGUGCAUACCGGUCUGUUACAAUAUCCCAUUAAAUAUUCCAAACUUGUCAUACUUUGCGAAGACUUAAAAACAUAAUGGAUUCAUUUUCACCCAGUUGAAGGUUUAGGGCAUUUGGUGUGGCCAGAAUAUUGCUAAUGUGGCUACUGAAGUACUUUUUUGACCAUGUGGUCAUGAAUUUAUGUAUUUGUUUUGCAUUAUAUUAUUGAAACUGCAUGUUAUAUUUUCAAUCUGCACACACACACACGCAAGGGAAUGGCUGCACGUUCUGUAUUGUAUCUGAAACUUACUCCCGAUAAGGAGGUUUUCCUGCAUUUUGUAAACUGUUCUUAUACUAAGCAUGUUAUGUUGUCAAUGUAAUUUAACAUAUUAUAGAAUUUAAUAUAUUUCAUUUUUAAAAGAAAAACUAGUGGUUUUCGUGGAGAGGAAUAGUUUGAAAAAUAAAGCUGAAUAAAUGUG